AUGACUAGCUCAGACGAGGCGAGGAAGAAGUUCUACGGAGACCUGCAUGUUCUUCAGGCAACUGUGCCGAAGGCGGACAAGCUAGUUGUCCUUGGUGACUUCAGCGCCUCUAUCGGGACAGACCACGCUGCCUGCGGGGGUAGUCCCCAUGGUCUCGGUGGCUGCAACGAUAACGGCCUCUUUCUGCGAACCUACGCAAGACACCGCAUGCUCCUGACCAGUACCUUCUCCCACUUCCCGACGCAGGGGAACGCAACCUGGUUACAUCCCGAUAUAGACGCUGGCAACUGUUGGACCAUGAUUUUGUCCAGAGGCGAGAAAGACAGGGCGUACUGGCGACAAAGACGAUCAGCGACGCCGACGCCUGAACGGAUCAUCUCCUAG